CCGACCAAAAUUUAAUUCACUAUUUGAAGGAUUAACACAACGAGUCCUCUAUAUAAAUUUCCAAAAUCCCUAAGCUUUCUUCAUUUCUAGACUCUUCGUUCCCAUUCAAUCUCACCUGCCUUCUCUUUCUUCUGUCCAAGGGGUGUUCUGAGAUCACAGGAAAGAUGGUAAAGGCUGUGGCUGUUCUUGGAAGUAGUGAGGGUGUGAGUGGAACUAUCUUUUUUACCCAAGAAGGAGAUGGUCCAACCACUGUUACGGGCAAUGUUUCUGGUCUCAAGCCCGGGCCUCAUGGAUUCCAUGUUCACGCCUUAGGUGACACAACCAAUGGCUGCAUGUCGACUGGGCCACAUUUCAACCCUGCUGGAAAGCAACAUGGUGCUCCCGAGGACGAGAACCGCCAUGCCGGUGAUUUAGGGAACAUUAUCGUUGGUGAAGAUGGCACGGCUAACUUCACCAUUACUGACAACCAGAUUUCUCUCUGUGGAAAGGACUCCAUUAUCGGAAGGGCGGUUGUGGUUCAUGGAGACCCUGAUGAUCUUGGCAAGGGUGGACAUGAACUCAGCUUAAGUACAGGAAAUGCUGGUGCUAGAGUAGCCUGUGGUAUGCAAAUUCAAUUCCUAAGAAAUAUUACUUUUUCUUCCAUUCAACAAUUCCCUUUCAAAGUUAUCUGCCGUUGUCCAUAUUUCUUGAUCGCAUUUGUUGUCUUUUUAUUUCCAGGCAUUAUUGGUCUGCAAGGUUAAGAUUUGUUGCCUUCGUUGCCGUUUCUAUUGAAGCAUUGAACCCAAAUGCUAUCUAGUGCUUCCAAGAAUAUUCCUAAACUCGCGUGAAUGAAUAAAAACACAGCACUGUACUUUUUCUUUUUCUUUUACUUUUUUUGUGACGAUUAGAUCUUUUACUUAUCCAUACUUGUCUGCUGUUUUAUUAUUAUAUUUCUGGAAA